AUGGGUCCUUCUGCCCCUUUUACUUUAACAAUCCUUGAUUCCAUAGCAACUGAUUGGCUAACUCCUUAUGAUUGGUAUCAAACUGCAAAAUCAGUGCUAACCCCGGGGCAAUACGUAUUAUGGAGAACAGAAUAUGAGGACCUUGUUAACGGAGAGGUGCAACGGCGAUUAUUCACUACUUCAGGCCCUAAGCCUACAGUCUCCAUGUUAACUGGUCAGGAGGAUUUUGCAGACAUUAGAAAACAACUUAAAUUCUCAAAGGAGAUUUUAAAAACCAUCACUAAGCUUGCUGUUAUGGCCUGGAAAAAGUUACCAUCAGGGGAAGGAAAGACCACUGUUCUAUCAGGAAUUAAGCAACGGCCUGAGGAGCCAUAUGAGGAAUUCAUAGCUAGGAUGCAGAAUCCCCCAUUUGGGUCCCAGACAGACUCAUCAGGCCUUUCUUGGUCCCAAAAAAGAGCCAGGAAGAAAGUGAAAAUACAUCGGGAGAGAAAACUGGUGCAGAAGAUGAAGACAUUCUCUCUAUCACCACCGCAGGGUGAUUCUACAAAAAUCACUGCACCACCUACGUGGGAACAGAUCAAGAAGUUGUGCGAGGAAGCUCGACACACUGUUGAGAUCACCGGAAAUCAACCCAAUCCGGAAAACAUGUUUUUAGCCAUGCUUGCCCUUGUUUCUUUACAGGUGAAGUACGCUUUUUGUACAAUGUAUUGGGCGUAUUUUCCUGAUCCACCUUUGCUUCACCCCGUGGGUUGGACUCACCCAUCUAACAUAAAAGUACUAAUGAAUGAUACCUCUAUACUAGGGGGCAUUCCAGUGGGGUCAGAAAAGCCUAUGAUCUCCACGUAUCUAGAUUAUGAGGGAAGAUCUGAUGUCACCCCUAUAUGCUUGGCUUUAAAAGGCCGUGCUCCCUUUGCAUGCUUGCCUGUUCAAUACAGGACCCUUUAUGCUGAUGCACCUGAUAAGACUAACACUGCUUCUAGCAGUAAGAGGGUGAUGUGGGAAUUGAGUUUUCAAAUACUUGGGUAUUUUAAUUACAAUGAGACCUUUGACAAAGAUAACAAUGUUAGCAUGCCUUUUCCAAAUUGUUUAACAGCUUACCGGGAUAAAGAUCAAUUUUGGGACAGCAAAACAGAAAAAGAACUUCCAACAUGGUUGGAUUGUGGAUUUCCACAUUCUGCCUCUGUACAUUGGCCUAGGGGUACUACAGAUUUGGUAUUUGAUUUUUCCAUUGCCAACCCAACUUAUGACUAUAAGAAAUAUUUAAAAGAAAAUGAGAAAGUAAAAUUCACAAGCUAUAAAGCUCCGGUUGGCCCGGAACCGGUAAGGCGUUGGUUCACGCCUGGGUUUGUCACCCCAAUGUGGGUUGCUAAAUCUAGUCCUUAUGGAACCACCGUUACCCAUAAAAAUUUGUUUAGAUUUGCUGCAGCUGCAAAUAUGAUAUUGCUAAAAAAGCCCAAAGCUAACCUACCAGAAUCCAUUGCAUUAAGAGCUUGUUUGUCUUAUCCAUAUGCAGCUUUAAUUGGAAGUGAUAAAAGAAUUAAUAUUACACAAGUAGGGAAUUCCUUUUUAAUUCAAUGUUACUCUUGUCGGUUGACCAACUGUGUUGAUGCUUCCAUAGAUAAAGAAUUUUCAGUAGCAAUUAUUGUAAAAAGACCUGAAUAUGUAAUGCUUCCUGUAAAUUUGCAUAAUGAUCCUUGGUUUGAUAAUUCUGCUUUGCAAACACUUCGUGUUUUGUAUGAAUUAAUACGACCAAAAAGAUUUGUUGCAACAUUGAUCUUUGGAAUUGCUUCCCUUAUAGCAUUAGUAACCUCGCUUGCUGUAUCCACCACUGCACUAAUACAACAAGUGCACACGGUGCAUUUUGUUAAUGAGUUAAAUAAGAAUGUUUCUCUAGCAUUAACAGAGCAUCAAAUCAUUGAUCAAAAGUUAGACAGCAAACUAGAGGCUUUGGAGGAAGUAGUCUUAAAGUUAGGGACUGAAGUUAAUAAUCUUAAAAUCCAGCUGACCACUAGAUGUCAUCAGUCAUUUAAAUGUAUUUGUGUUACCCCAUUGCCUUAUAAUGACAGCUUAGAUUGGGAAGCUAUCAAAGUGCAUCUACAAGGAAUCUGGAAGGACAAUAGCUUAACUCAUGAUAUAGGACAGCUACAGGAAGACAUUUCAGCCCUUAGUCAAGCUCAUUUGGAAACCGCAGGGAUAAAUUCUUUGGCAGAAGACUUACAGAAAGGAUUAAAAAGUCUUAAUCCUUUAGAUUGGUGUUUGCAUAUUUCUGUGACUGCAGUACAAGGACCAUACGAUGACAGUGGGAUACCAGGCAGAUGA